AUGAAAAACAUCCUAAAACUCGCAGCGCUGGCUGCCUCCCUUACGGCCACAGAGGCCCAGCUCAGGGUACGUUUGAUGUCGUCAAGCGUGCGCCAACUCGCCGAGCCCGACUUUUCGACAUUCGAAGUCGAAAGCGAAGCGCAGAGCUCCUCUGCCUCGUUUAACGAUGUCAAUUUCACCGUCUCCGCGCCCGAGGGGUCGUACCUGCAGGGCGAUUACUACAAGUACCAGUACACGCGGGCUGUCUCGCACCUGGGCGAGCGCGUUGUGAACCAGGGUAUCACCACGGACCCGGAUAAUCCGGGGCCUAUUACGCUGUCGAUUCUGGGGUUGGAAGAGGGUGAGCAUACGCUGCUUACAUGGCAUAAUCUGUGGUCAGAGCCUGAGGACUCUGCUGCCAGUGUGGCGGUUUCUGCUGGGGGCGAGGAGCUUGAUGAGGUUGAACCGUCGGUCCGAGUAGACAAUAUCUGGGAGUCGCAGACGUCGUACAUUGCCUUUUCGGUUUCAUCGCCUGACGAGGCUGUCGAGAUCACAUACACCCCGAAUGGCGGCGACGGCCUCGUCUUCCUGAAUGGCUUCGAGAUCGAUACUCCCGCUAUAGGAAACCAGGUCUCCUUCCCGACUCCUGCGAACCGCGACGAGCGUUUGGAGCCUGAGGAUGAUAGUGUCACUGCCUCUUGGAGGGCUCCAACUGGUGUUGAGUCUCCUACGUACAAUGUGUAUCUUGGUACAGCCGAGGACGACCUCGCGGAGACUGGUAAAGGACUGAGUGAGCCGAGUGUGACUUUAUCAGGCCUCAACACCCUCGACACCUUCUACUGGCGCGUUGAUGUCGUCUCCGGGAAUACCACCUACACCGGACGCACCUUCAUGUUCCGCCUUGCCCAUCUAGCCUUCCCCGGUGCAGAAGGAUACGGCCGAUUCGCACGCGGCGGACGCGGCGGCAAAGUCGUCAAAGUAACCAGCCUCGACGACACCGAAGACCCAGGCACAUUGCGCCACGCCUUAACAAUCGCAACCGGCCCGCGGACUGUCAUCUUCGACGUCGGCGGCGUAAUCACCACGACCUCCCGCAUGACCGUCAACGGGAACUACAUCACGCUGGCCGGCCAAACAGCACCGGGGAAGGGCAUCGCCGUGCAGGGGUGGCCGCUUGGGCUAUCCGGGGCGUCGGAUGUGAUAGUUCGACAUCUGCGCGUGCGCCCUGGCUCUUCGACUGGGGAGACGGUCGACGGGAUGGGAAUGCAGGGGUCGAAUUACUGUAUCUUUGAUCGGUGCUCGAUGGGCUGGGCGAUUGAUGAGUCGUUCUCGUCGAGGGCUGCGAAGAAUAUUACCUUCCAGCGGAAUAUGAUCUCGGAGCCGUUGAAUGCUGCGGGGCAUCAGAAUUACCCUGAGGGCACGGAGCAUGGGUAUGCGGCGACUGUGGGGGGUGAUGUUGCGAGUCUGCACCAUAAUCUGAUUGCGCAUGCAGAGGGGAGAAGCUGGAGUAUGGGCGGUGGUGUGGAUGAUAAUGCGAAUUUUGCGGGACGGUUGGAUAUUCGCAAUAACGUUGUUUAUAACUUCGGCGGACGAGUCACCGACGGCGGUGCAAUGGAGGUCAACUUUGUGGGAAAUCUGUAUAAGCAGGGUCCUGCAAGUGACCUAACAUAUGCACUCCAAGCUACAUACGAGGACGACCUCCCCGGAAAGCAGCAGUACCACUGCGCCGGCAACUCCAUGCCAGGCAUCUUCGACCAGGACUCAACGCAGUUCGUCGACGACGGCACCGGUCAGACAUCCGAGAUAGCCUGCUACGCCGAUAUCAGCAUCGACCCGGCCCCCAGCUACCAGAAGUUCUUCGAUGAGCCAUUCUUCCCCUCCCAUAUAACCGAGCAACCAUCCACAGAAGCAUACAAGCGCGUCCUCUCCGACAGCGGCGCAUCCCAACCAAUCCUCGACGACCACGACGCACGCAUAGUUCAAGAAACCGUCGACGGCACAACAACAUACGAGGGUUCCGUCACGGGCAAACCAGGCCUGAUCGACAACGAAGCCGACGCCGGCGGAUUGGAAGAGUUCCCCACCGUCUCGCGCAGCGCGUCCUGGGACGCGGACGAUAACGGCAUUGCGGACUGGUGGGAUGGAUCGACUGGUGACGAUGGGUAUACGGUGCUGGAAGGGUACUUGAAUUUCAUGGCCGAUCCGCAUGUUUUUGUUGCUCCGGGUGGGAGUGUGGAUGUUGGGCUUGGGAAGUUGGUGGCUGGGUUUACGGAUCCUGGGUUUACGGUUGGGGAGACGGAAAAUGGGCUUGGUGAGGUGCAGGUUGAGUCGGGGACUGCGACUUAUACGUCUACUGGGGAUGCUGGGGUUGAUUACUUUACGGUUAGUGUUGAGGAUAGCGAGGGGAGUACGUGGGAGCGGAGGGUUGGUGUUGCUAUUUUUGAGGGGGCCGAUGAUGUUGAGUAG